AAGCGUGUGCUUUCAUUCCUUAACUUUUUCAUCAAAAUUCGAUUUUAUUUUUUCUUCUUCUUCUGUUCUCUGAGCCGCUCUUCUCUGAGUCUUGCUCUUCCUCUUCCUCUGCAAUUGAACCCUACCCAUUUAUUCUUUCUUUUCUUCAAAGAUUUCAAUUUUAGCCAUGGCCAUGGAGGAGAAGGAGAUCAUGGGGUUGCCACCGGGUUUCAUAUUUCGCCCUCAUCAAAGGGACUUGCUCGAAUACUACCUCCUCAGGAAGGUCACCGGUAAACCAUUGCCUUCAAAUAAUCCUGUGAAGGACAUUGAUGUCUACGGUGACCCCAAGGUCUGGACCAAACUCUUUCAGAGUUCUGGAAUGGAAACCCUCUAUUUUUACACUAAGCUUACUAAGAAGAAAGAGAAAGGGAAAAGGGUUGUGAGAGCAACAGAGUUUGGCACGUGGAGGGCUCAGAAAGAUGCCAAGGUGUAUGAUCACAGUGAUGAGGAUGAUGAACAGGGGCGUGAUGGGUUCAAUCAAAAAGAACAGAGGCAUAUUGGUUCUAAGAGAACCUUCACCUUUGUUGCAAAGAAAGGAUUUUUCCCCAAUUGUAGAUGGACCAUGCACGAGUAUAGAUUCGAUGGAAUCUACGGAAACACAACCAAUAAUGAUGAUUAUGUCCUCUGCCAGAUUAAUAAAUUUAAAAAACAAAGAGGGUUUGCAAGAGACAAUUCACACCAAGUAGAGGACAUUGCUACAUCUGAGAAUCUGGAGCUUCCACUAUUGAUUUCAGAAGAGACAAGCACUCCUCAGACAGAGACUACUGUUGAGACACCACAUUUGGAUUUGAGUGAUAUUGAUUGGGCUGAAGUUAUAAGCAUGGACAGUGCAUCAAUUGAUGUGUCACCCUUGAAUAUGGAGCAAAAUGAAGAUCUUGAAGCUUGGUGUAAUUCAUUAUUUGCAUAGAGGAGUUUAGUUUGAUUUUUAGCUUGGUACAAAUGGUUAAGAUGUUAUUCUUAUAGUUACUAACACUGUUUAGAUAAGUAAACCAACCAACUCGGUUGAGAUAGAUCAUAGUCUAAAAGAAA